ACAGCCGCCCCUUCUUUUUCACUUUUGGUUUCUACUUUUAUAUAACAUGUCAGCGCCGGAAGAAGAGCUACAAGUCAAUCAAACUGUUAGCGAUGACAGCAAUGGUGUUUCAAAGACCAGGCGCCAUGCCUGGCUAAGGCCGGUUUUGCCACCACUACUACAAUCUUUCUUUAUCCAAUUUCUCACUGGAAUCAAUGAUGGCAACCUUGUACGAUACAACUACGAUUACAUUUUAAAAGGAAUCAUCGAUACACGCCCUUUGCUACCGCUACUCAUACACAAAUUCUCUUGCGUUGUGUAGGGCAUCAUUCUACCGAGUAUGAAGAGCUGGUAUAAUGUGAAUCAAUCCAUUGUUUCAAUCGUGUUUCUAUGUUAUGCAGCCGGGUUUGCAAUAGCUGCUGUGCUAAACGGAUUGAUUAUAAAGAAGUUGAGCCAAUCAAAGACAAUCGCCAUCGGUGCAACGUCCCUCGUGAUUGGCUUUGUUAUGCUACUGAUGGCGCCACCUUUCCCUGUACUAUGCAUAUUCUACGCUUUUGUUGGGUUUGGCGUGGCACUCACGCAAUCUGGCGCAAACGUGGUUGUUGGUGAACUGCCGAAUGCAACAAUGACGCUAAAUUUUCUGCAUGCUUCGUUCGGUCUCGGUGCAUUGAUUGGACCACUUAUUGCAUCCGCCCUGCUUCAAUAUCGACCCUGGAACUACACUUAUCUCGUACUUUCAAGUUUCGCGGUGGUCAACCUUAUCACCAGCAUAUUCUCCAGCGGUACUACAGCUGUCUCCUCCUUAGGCGACCAAGAUCAACAAGACGCGCAAAGAAAUGCUCUAUCUCAAGUGAUCCGUUACCCCAUUGCUUAUGUUGGAGCAUUCUUUUUAUUGGUGUAUGUUGGGAUUGAGGUGACCAUUGGCGACUGGGCAUACACUUUUCUAAUUACCGAACGAAGCCACGAUCAAAAGUUCAUGUCCCAUUUAAUGUCCUGUUACUGGGCAGGGAUUACUGCAGGCAGACUCAUUUUGGGCUACGUGACAAUGAAGCUGGGUGAAAAACGCAUGAUCUACGUGUACAUUGCCAUCUUGAUUGGCAUGUGCGUCGUGUUCUGGGUCAUUCCGAUAGUGGCGGUGGAUGCAGUGGCGCUAGUACUAUCUGGUUUUGUGCUUGGACCUCUGUUUCCCACGAUUUUGUCUGUUGCCAAGCAAUCUGUACCAUGCCAUCUCUAUGCAACCACUGUAGGAUUUCUUUCUGCUUUCGGUAGUGGUGGGUCGGCACUUUUCCCCUACAUCACAGGUGUACUUAUUGGUGCUGUUGGAGUCAAGGCAAUGCCUCCGCUGACGUUGGCAAUGUCCACUACUAUAUUUAUUGCUUGGUUCUUUAUACCAAAUCCUGAAGCCAACCAUAGAUCGUUGGUUAGGAAACUAGCGGCUUUCAUUUUUAAACGGGCGCAGUAA